UAUGGCCGUCGCUCGCCAGGACGCCGCACGAGCGCUGCUCGCUUGGGGAGCAAACAGCUAUGGACAACUUGGUGUUGGUCAUAAAAAUGAUGUCCUCUUGCCUAAGGCUGUGAAGGCAUUGCUCUUCAAUCAGACUUGUAUCAAAAGCAUUACUGGAGGAGGAGGUCAUUCUGCUGUUCUUACUGACACUGGACAGAUCUUUUUCUGUGGCCAGAAUAAAGAUGGACAGUUGGGACUUGGUCAUACCGAGGAUGUGAUGCAUUUUACCUUAUGUUCUUCACUCUGUGGCUGUCCUGUCAUACAAGUUGCCUGUGGCUGGGAUUUUACAGUUGUACUUGCUGGAAAUGGCCAAGUAUUCUCUUGUGGUUCUAAUUCCUUUGGACAACUGGGAAUUCCAGAUAUUUCAGGCAGAUGUACUAUUCCAGUAAUGAUUAAGUCUUUACAGGAUAACGUAGUAAAUGUUGCUGCUGGACUCAGGCAUGCAGUUGCUGUGAUUGAAAAUGGUUCAGUGUUUCAGUGGGGAAUUGGUAUGGCGUCUCAAGCAAAGCGAACAUGCCAAGGAAAAAUUAUUCCUUCUUUCUUGAGGGCAAAUGAGCCUUGCAAAGUACCAGGUUUUGAAAAUGUCAAAGUGAGGAUUGUGGCUUCAGGAUCACAUCAUGUCAUGUCACUCACAGAUGAAGGAGAUUUAUAUGUUUGGGGAAACAAUAAACACAAGCAACUACUAAGCAAAGAUUUUGUUGUUUUGGAACCUCAGAAGAUUGAAGCUCACUAUUUUGAAGGUGAAAAAAUCAGAAGAAUCUGGAGUGGAUGGACACACAUGGUGGUGCAAUCAGAGACAGGGAAAAUCUUCACGUGGGGUAGAGGAGACUAUGGUCAACUUGGAAGAAGUGGGAUACUAUAUGAAGGACAGAGCCAGGAUGGAAAGAGGUCAACAGAGCAUCAUUUGAAAGAGCCAUCUUAUGCUCCUGCUAUAGUACCCAGACUCGCUGGUGCAUCUGAAGUGGCAUGUGGUUCAGAGCACAAUCUAGCAAUAGUUGGUAAUCAGUGUCUUUCCUGGGGAUGGAACGAACAUGGCAUGUGUGGCAAUGAAACAGAAGAAAAUGUUUGUCUUCCUCAGCCUGUUGGGGCUCUUAGUUCUGCAGAGCUGCUUUUAGUUGGAUGUGGAGCUGGGCACUCCUUAGCAUUUUGCCAUUUCCCAGCUUAGACACAGCACUGUAGAACUAUCAGUGCAAUUUUAAGUUCACUCUGGGGUUGGUACUUGGUUAAUAAAUGCAGUUAAUUCAGUGUCAUAAAUGUCAAAGCAGUUCAGUCAUGCCUAGCUUUGUCAAGAUUAUCCAUAUUAUAUUUUGAAUAUUAAAGUCAUUUUGCUGAGUUUGUAUUUAAAAGAAAGGGGGAGAUAUUUUUUGCUUUUGUUUGAGGGGGGAAAGCAGGAAAAUAUUUAGGUGUGAUGAAAUGAGGCAGGUUGUUCUUUACCUAUUUAUUGAUAUCAAGCACAUGAUUACUACAGGUAGUCCUUGCUUAAUGACUGCCCUGUUUAGCAACCCUACAAAAAGUAGGGUGGUGGUGAAAAAGUAACUUUAUGACCAGCCCUUGCAUUUAUG